CUCCAGGUGUUGCAAAACUACAACUCCCAGCAUGCCUGGACAGCCGAAGUUUUGCAACACCUGGAGGCACCCUGGUUGGAAAACACUGCUCUAUAGUUUCUAUAGUUAAAAAACAUCAGAAAUCCAUGAUAUGUGAAGAAGGAAGCGAGUGGGGCAUUGUAGCUGAGAUGCUGGUGCCCUAGGUGGCAGCCUGUACUGUGUCCUAGGAUGCCCUGGCAGUGUGGGUAGCCCCUUCCCUCAGCCCUUUGUUGGUGUGCCCCCUCAGAUAAGCAGCUGCAGUGGUGUCCUGAUGUCUGCCAGUGCAGGAGGAGGUGAAGUGCCUGAGAAAUGUAAGGCUUGAGGGAGAAGACAGAGCGCUGCUGUUAUCAGCCUCCCCUCCUCCUGUCUCCAUUCACACCCCACCCCCUCUCCCUGUCUCUUUAAGCCUCUCCCCCUCACUAGUCAGUGCAAGGGAUUUCUCAGCCGGGAUACGGUUAUUUCCUGUUGGAUCGGAGCACCUGGAGCCGGGGGCAUGGAGGGCAGCCGUGGUGGGCAUGGGCAGUGACAGGCACCGCAGCCCGCAGUGACAGCAGCACCUUGUUGUUGUGGUGGAGUACGCUGAUCUGUGUGUGGACCUCUCUGCCUGGCACCAUCACACACCAGACGGGCAACAUGACAGAAGACAGCUCGGAGGUCCCCAAAGAAUUACAGGAAAGCAUCCGGGAUGUUAUUGGGAGAAAAAUUAAGAUUGCUGUGCGGAAGAAGGUGAAACUUGAGAUCAAAGGAGAUAAAGUUGACAACAAAGUCCUGGUCCUAACAUCAUGUCGUGCUUUUAUAUUAACUGCUCGAGUCCCAACAAAGCUCGAACUUACGUUCAGUUAUUUGGAAAUUCAAGGCAUUAUUUGCAGCAAACCAGGCCAUCUCGUAGUUGAAACUGAAAAAGGCAACAUAUCCUUGAAGAUGGCUUCUUCUGAUGAUGUGAAUGAAGUCAUAGGACACAUUGGCACUUGUCUUCGAAAGAUAUUCCCUGGAAUGUCGCCUGUAAAAAUUAUGAAAAAAGUUACCAUGGAGCCAUCCGACAGACUUGCAAAUCUGCAAUCCAUGUGGGAUAGCCAGACUGUAACAGAAGUAGGCCCCUGUGGUGGGUUUUCACAGAUGUAUGCGUGUGUUUGUGACUGGCUUUCGAUGCCUUACAGAGAAGAAGUACAGUGGGAUGUAGAUACCAUAUACUUAACACAAGAUACAAGGGAACUGAAUUUGCAGGAUUUUAGUCAUCUAGAUCACAGAGAUUUGAUACCAAUUGUAGCUGCCCUAGAAUACAAUCUGUGGUUUACAAAAUUAUCAUCAAAAGACUUGAAAUUGUCCAAUGAUGUCUGUGAUCAAAUCUUACGGGUAGUGAGCAGGUCCAGUCGUUUGGAAGAAUUGGUUUUGGAAAAUGCUGGGCUGAGAAUUGAUUUUGCACAGAAGCUUUCCAGUGCUCUUGCCUACAAUCCAAGCUCAGGACUCCAUACAAUAAACCUUGCAAACAACCCUCUUGAGGAUAGAGGUGUGUCUUUUUUAAGUACACAAUUUGCCAAACUACCUAAGGGACUGAUAAAUUUAAAUUUAUCGAAAACCUCAGUAUCUCCUAAGGGAGUGAAUAGCCUGUCCCAGUCGCUUAGUACAACCCCAUUGAUUGCAAGCACCCUUACCCACCUUGAUCUCUCAGGGAAUUUGCUCCGUGGGGAUGACCUUUCAUGUUUGUAUACUUUUUUGGCAACGCCAAAUGCCAUUAAGUACCUGGAUUUAUCGAACACUGAGUGUUCAGCAGAUGCGGUAUGUGGUGCAUUACUACGUGGUUGCCUGCAACACCUUACUACACUUAAUCUUUCCAAGACCUUCUUUCCCCACAGGAAAGGUAAAGAAGUGCCACCAUCUUUUAAACAGUUCUUUAGCAGCACUGUUGCUUUAACCCACAUCAACUUUUCUGGAACUAAGCUCUCCUCUGAGCCUCUGAAAGCUCUGUUACUUGGCUUGGCAUGUAACCUUAACCUAAAGGAGGUGUCCCUAGAUCUCAGUAACUGUGAGUUAAGAUCAGGUGGAGCUCAAGUUCUGGAAGGCUGCAUAGCGGAAAUUCGUAAUAUCACCAGCUUAGAUAUAUCAGAUAAUGGUUUGGAGUCUGACCUCUCUACUCUUGUAGUCUGGCUCAGUAAGAACAGAUCAAUAAGACACCUGGCAUUGGGAAAGAAUUUUAACAACAUGAAAUCCAAAAAUCUAACCCCUGUUCUGGAUAACCUGGUUCAUAUGAUACAAGAUGAAGAAUCGCCCUUGCAGUCAUUGUCUUUAGCAGACUCCAAAUUAAAGACAGAUGUGACAAUCAUUAUAAAUGCCCUUGGUAGCAAUACAUCAUUGACCAAAGUAGAUAUCAGUGGUAAUGCUAUGGGAGAUAUGGGGGCCAAGAUGUUGGCCAAAGCACUGCAGAUCAACACCAAGCUCAGGACUGUGAUCUGGGACAAGAACAACAUAACAGCCCAAGGAUUCCAGGAUAUAUCUGUAGCCCUGGAAAAGAAUUAUACAUUGAGGUUCAUGCCUAUACCUAUAAACGAUGCUUCUCAAGCACUGAAGACUAACCCUGAAAAAACAGAGGAAGCCUUACAGAAGAUUGAAAACUAUUUGCUGAGGAACCAUGAGACAAGAAAGUACCUUCAAGAGCAGGCCUACAGACUGCAGCAGAGCAUUGUAACCAGCACUACACAACAUAUGAUUGACCGCAUUUGUGUCAAAGUUCAAGACCACCUCAAUUCACUAAGAAACUGUGGCAUUGAUUUUGUCCUGGAAGAUGUCAAGUCUGCCGAGAGAGUCAUGCGUGAUGCUAAGAAUUCAAAAACACUUUUGCCAAAUUUGUAUCACCUUGGGGGAGCAGCAUGGGCCGGAGCUAAUAACUUACCAACCCCAAUUCAAGAAACAUUAGAGUCAAUGGCAGGAGAAGUCACUAGAGUUGUAGAUGAUCAGUUGAAGCAACUUCUCGAAUCAAUGGUGGAUGCAGCUGAAAACCUUUGUCCUAAUGUGAUGAAAAAAGCUCAUAUUCGUCAAGAUCUCAUUCAAGCCAGCACUGAGAAGAUCUCUAUUCCACGCAACUUUGUAAAAAACGUCUUACUGGAGCAAUCUGGGAUUGAUAUUCUUAACAAAAUAAGUGAAGUUAAACUUACUGUAGCAUCUUUCUUGUCUGACCGCAUUGUCGAUGAAAUCUUAGAUGCACUUUCAAGCAGCCAUCAUAAACUGGCAGAUCAUCUCACCAAGCGGGGAAAGCCACUUCCUCAUCAAGAAUCUAUGGAGAUAGAGACAGUAGAGGAGAGGCCAACCAAGCGUUCUGUUCCUACUAUUGAAGAACUCUCUGAGAUGGAGCGCUUGGAGGACUUGGAUACAUGCAUGACUCUCUGCUGUAGAAGUAUGACUCCCAAGUCCAAGAGAAAGAGUAUUCAUAGCAGAAUGUUGCGUCCUGUGUCCAGAGCUUUUGAAAUGGAAUUCGACCUGGACAAGGCUCUUGAAGACGUCCCAAUACACAUAGAAGAUCCUCCGUACUCCUCCUACAAGCUGGAUAAGAGGUCAUCCAGUGUCAUGGCAGAGUUGCCAUCAGAAGAAGGGAAAAAGCUUGAGCACUUUACUAAAUUACGACCAAAGAGAAUGAAGAAGCAGCAACCCAGCAAAUUCAAUCAACUUGGCGCUGAAGCGGCUUCUGAUGGAGACCAAAAUGGCCUGAUCGCCAGAGUAGAUGAAGGUGUAGAUGAGUUUUUUAGCAAGAAGGUGACAAGACUUGACUCAAAAAAACAUUCUCUGAAAUAUGGAGAAUCUCAAGAUAUUAAUGAGGGUGAAGAAAAAAAGAAACGGGAGUCUAGAAAAAGUGGCUUUCUCAAUCUUAUCAAAUCUAGAUCCAAGCCAGAACGUCCCCAGACUGUUAUAGUGACUGAAGAACCACCAUCUCCUAAGCCUUCAGUUAAAAGCCCUGCACCUGACUUUAGUAAGAAGGACAAGGUGACUGAUGGGAAUGGAGCUGUAAGUUCCAGUGCCAGUGCUGGAAGUAGUGGACCCAGCAGUAGUACCGAGAGAUCGGAGGAGGUGAAAACACCAGACUCUUUAGAGGAGAACUUGCAGCUUGAUGAAGGUGGCAAGGCUGAGCGGAGUGACAGCAAAAGCAGUCCACAGAGUGGAAGGCGAUAUGGCGUCCAAGUGAUGGGGAGUGGAUUGUUAGCAGAGAUGAAGGCAAAGCAAGAAAAAAGAGCAGCAAAUAAGAAAUUGGGCAGUGAUGUUGGCAGUAAAGACACACUGGAAGUUGAGAAAGCAGAUGGAAGCGGAGCAGUUCCAAAAUUCUCUAUGACUAGAGGUGAUUCAACAAAUUCCUGUCCAGAGAAAAACGUGAAAUGUGAUGUCAAGUCAGAAGGCAGUGUACGUUCCAAAAGUUCUUCCAGUACACCAACCAGUCCCAAACCACCACUUCAGUCAUCCAAGCCUUCCCUAACAGCUCGUCCUUCAGUUCCUCUGAAACCCAGAAGUGGUUCCCGCACUGAAGAAAUCCCUGAAUCUCCGUCUGGGCCCUGCUCCUCUAAAACCACAAUUCUUCCUUCUGUGCUAAAGAGGGGUCAAUCAGAGAAAGACAGGGAUGGACCCAGCAGCCCGCAGCCUUCUUCCAGGCCGCUUGCAGAUGAAGCUUCACGACCUACAACUCCAUCUGACUCAUCACUGAAAAAGAAUCACAACCAGUCUCCAGAUGGGCAAGAGCUAAAGUCAAGGUCAUCAAGUAAAGAUUCUCACCAGCGCAGCAAAUCCAGCGACUCUGGAGAGGAGGCUGAUAAAGAAUUUGUUUUUAUAUAAACUACUUAGACCUUCUUUAACGUUACCUGAAAUUUCUUUUACUUUCCAUGUUAAUUUAGUAUGAUUUCUUUUAUGAUCAGUCCUACACGCCUGUUUUCUUUGUAUGUCUUUGUCCUCCAAUUUUCAGAUGCUCCACACUCCCUAAAGCAAUGGUUCACUCAAUCUUACCUGUCUACCAAGUUCUAGUAAAUUGAGAAGGUAGAGCUGUCAGCAGUCUCAUGUCUUUUAUGUAUGAAAGCUGUUGCACAUUGUAAUUAACAGAGCACACUAAUGACAAAUUAUUUGUAUAAAUGGUAAAUACCUAUAUAUACAUAUAUAUAAACAAAUCUCUCUACGUACAUAUAUAAAUAUAUAUAUAUAUGAUGAUUGGAUACACUUUUUACAUCCUCUGGUAGGAUUUUUUCUCUCUAUCAUGUGCUUGUACAUAAAACGACUACUUUCAUGCACUUGGGAAAUGAAGCACAAGCACUGAAACCCCUUGAAGACAGUAAACUGAAUAAAUAGAAUAAAGAGACAGAUGCAGCAUAUAAUUUGGUUCAAUGAUGGGAGUAUGAGAUGCCGUCCUAAGUUUUAUCAUUUUCAUUUUGCUUUAUUAUACAAUUUUUGAACAGAAAGGUCUAACUCUUGUAAAUAAAUAGAGGAAAGGAAAACCUUUUUGACAAUGCAGUAACAUAAAUAUUCAGUUAUAUUACAGGUUAUGGGGGUUUUAUGUAUAUGUAUAUUUGUAUCAAUAAAACAAUUUUACAACU